AUGAGUAAACCUACUUUCGUCUUCUCGCUUGGUGCUUGGAUGCAUCCUACCGUCUUCGAUGUUGUGCGUACGCGGCUUGAAGCCCUCGGCUUUCCGUCCGAGUGUCCCGCUCAUCCCUCAAUUGGCGCAGAGCCCCCUUCGAUGACGCUGGAAAACGACGUCUCCUCUUUUCACAGUGUCUUGACAGCUGUGGCAGAUGAGGGGAGAGAUAUCGUUGUUGUAGGACACUCCUAUGGCGGCGUUGUGGCAUCCUCUGCCGUGGAAGGAUUGGCUAAGUCUGUCCGUGCGGCCAAUGGAAAGCACGGCGGAGUAUUGAGAGUUGUUUAUCUUGCUGCAUUUGCGUUGGACAAGGGGCAGAGCCUGUUGGAGUUGCUAGGUGGGGAUCCUUUGCCUUGGAUGAAGGUUGAGGGUGACUAUGUUCACGCGAAAGGCGCUGGAGAAGUCGCCUGGCAAGAUCUGACCACGGAGCAACGAGAGAAAUGGGACAGCACCGUGAGGCAUACCUCACGCGCAGUCUUCUCCGGCGAAGCCACCUAUGAGCCGUGGCAGGAUAUACCCUGUGCCUACAUCAUCUGCGAGCAAGACCAGGCACUGCUACCUCACAUUCAGGAAUCCUUCGCAUUGAAGAUAUGCAGACCCGGACAAACCCACCGACUCCCCGCUUCGCACUCGCCUUUCUUGAGCAUGCCCGAGCGCCUGGUGGAUGUUUUUGCAGACUGCACAAGUGUAAAGGAACUAAGUGGGGUUGAAAAUUGGCUCAGUAAAUUUGAGACGGGUAUAAGUGAAGAAGAGAUGUAUGUUUGA